AGGAGCGCCCUCGUCCUCGGCACGGCGUGCGGUCUGCUGCCUCCCUCCGCCUCCACCUCCCAAGGAGAAGAGGGCGACGAGUACGCGCGGCUCGCCUCGCGGCUGCAGCUGCCUCCGCCGCUGGACCUGCUGCGCUCCGUCGCCCAUGACCUCUGCGCGAUGCUGCGUGCGGGCGUGGGAAGCGGCGGCUCCCUCCGCGCGGUGCCCGUGCUGCACUCGUUCGACGCGGGCAGCGCCGCCCUCGUCUGCGCGGCGCCCGCGUGCGGCGGAGGGCCGCUCGGCGGGUGCGGCACCUCUCCUUUCCUCGAGCUGCCCCCCUCGUACUCGCAGCUGUACAACAUGUACAUCCACCGCCGCUGCUCCGUCUGCGGCACUUGCCCGAAGCAGCCCGCCGUCUGCCUGCUCUGCGGUGCCAUCGUCUGCACAGGCGGCCAGUGCUGCCGCUCCGGCGGGGACGACGAGGUUGUGCAGCACGCGGCGAGCUGCGGGCACGGCGCGUGCGCUUUUGUGGUUGUGCGGACGACGACCACGCUGCUCGUGAUCGGGCGGCUGCUCGCGGCGCGGCGGCAGCACUGCUGGUGGGGUUCGCUCUACCUGGACGUGCACGGCGAGGAGGACCGCAAUUUGAGCCGCGGCCGCCCCCUCCUCCUUGCGCCUGGCCGGCUGCGCGAGCUGCAGCAGGUCUGGCGCUCCAACGGGUUGCGCGAGCUGCUCUACAACAACCAGCCGCCCUUCCCGCGCUUGCCACUCAUGCUGAUGCCCGCGCGCGAUUGA